AUGAUAAUUUGUUUGGUGUAUAUGCCGGUCAUCGGACAGAACAAUGCCGCCGGGAGCGGGAGACAGAGGCGAUAUUUGCUUUUCACUCCCAACACCCAAUGGGGCGUCUUCGCAACUAUAUCGAUACCAAUAGAAGCAGAGUCCACUGUGAGCGUCUCAUGGUUCUUCGAAGCCAACUAUUACAACGUGGCCAACGCAUCUUACCUCGAACCCUUACUUGGUGAUAUAAUAUUUGAGGGCAAACGGAACCAACGAAGUGCUAAUGAAAAUCCAGGAAUAAUUACCCGAAAAUCAUUUUACGUAUUUAUUGAAAAAAUGUUCCAACGACACGGCUACGCGGGGCGGGCUUGCUUGCUCAGAGCUAUUUGCGAGGGCACCACCUCGCAUUUCUGGCAUAACGGCGUACUGGGAGACGUGCUUCACCUCAUACUUACACCAUCGGCCUCCAUAUCCGAGGACGAUGUAGAAGAUUUUUAUUACGAAGCAGAGUACUACGGAUUAGAGGAAAACUGCUACCGCUACAUUGACCACUGCCCAAAUAGCCCUUUAGAACUUAUAACCAUGCAUAUUAAU